AUGGAUUUAAAUAAUCAUUUUGAAGAUUUAUCAAAUGAAAUAUUCUUUGAAAUAUUUGAUAUUUUUACUGGUUUUACUUUAUUAAACAGACGAAUAUCAUAUAUUUUACAAUCAAUUCCACUUUAUAUUAUUAUUUCAAAAGAACAUUGUCGUCGUCAAAUUAAUUUUCUUUCUUUUCAUCUUACUUUUCAUCAACAUCAAGUUAUUUCAAUAAAAGUUUUCGAUACCAUUGAUGAUGAUUCAUCUAUUAUUAGUUUAUUAUUUAAUCGACAUAAUUUUAUUAAUCUUAAAUUAUGUGAAUUUCUAUCAAUUAAUGCAAAGACCAAACUUGAUAAUGUUAUUAAACAAAUAAAAAGUCUUAAUACACUUGUUAUAUUUCAAAUUUAUCAAGCAGAUUUUCAAGACUUCAAUGAUAUUAAAGAAUUGACUCGAACUAUAUUAACACAAAUCAUUUUCUCUUCGUUCAAAUACACUUCAAUAUCCUUAUCAUUAUUUAGACAUAUCAAUGUUACAAAUGAUCUCUCACCUAUGAAUGAAAAUGAUUUUCCUAUAUUAUCACAAUUAAUAUCUUUCAAAUUAACAAUUAUUGCUAUAUAUGAUAUUCAAUCAAUUUCUUAUAUAUUACGUUGCGUACCUAAUCUCAAGCAUUUUUAUUUUCAUUUUAUCACACAAUCAUCAUCAUGGUCGUUUAGCAAUCAAUAUGUUGAUGGACAUAUAUGGCAAAAUAUGUUCGAACUUUAUCUUCCAUGUUUAACUAAAUUUGAAUUUCAUAUGUCUAUUGCAAAAAGAUAA